GCGCUUCAACGUUUUCUACCAGAGACGCAAACGGGUGAAGGCAAGGAAGUUCCUCCGUUGUAAUCUAGCUAUUCGCAAGAGACAAAAGACUCGGAACACUCUUACCCGUCGACUACGUUUUGAGGUGGAUUUCUUUUCACUGACUACCAAGUGUAUUCUUUCGAUCUCGGCCGUAAAGUUUAGCCAACUUAUAAAAAUAUGAUUUUGGCUAUUUGACUCUAUUUUUGUGGAACAUUUUCUAGCGGGUUUGCAGUUGUUCGAUCACUAUUGUCAUUUUUAGCACUGUUAUGUCCCACAACUGAGGCCGCUUAAGACAUGUCCGAUUCGUCCAGACCACGAAAUUGGUCAGACGACUCGACCAACCUAAAUGAGAGGGAGAAAAGUGGAGAAUCGCAUCCUGGUGGCAGACGAGCCUUCCGUGCCGAGACAUCGGACAACCCCCAGUCCUACGGCGAAGGCGAACCGUCACGGGGAGGAAUUACGAUGCCCAAUAGUCUACUUGUUUUUCAUUCGAGGUCACCGAUGUUCAGACCUUUGUCCCGGUCCUCCAGCGGAUAUUUCUCGUUCGACUCUGAUUCUCUGCCCAGCUCCCCGCUGCUGAAACAUAACAAGUCAACGCAGACCCCAAGUCCGUCUAGUCAAGUUAUCACCCACGCGCUGCAGCGCAUGUCUAAUGCAUCAGAUACCGGUCGAGAUUAUGAAACGUGGCCCAGCCCCGCCCGCCCCUAUAGACCACACCCAGCACCACCGGAGGGGGACAUGCAGGGUCGUGCUGAUGAGGAGAGACGCAUCGGUCAAGAGCUUCAGCGCAUCGGAGACGACUUCAUGCUCAUCAUGCUGGGGCGCCUAACAGACAGGAAUAGGCGGGUGGCACAACCAAACCUGCUGAUGGACCAAGAACCUGCCUUUCUGCAGUGGAUGACACUCCUGAUUGGACGACUAUUACAGAUGCUUUUGCGGAGGAGAUGAUGGAAAGACUCUAGGACCAAUCAUCAAGUCCAGUCCUAUGCAAUCCCCAGUAGACAUGUAGCAUCUGAGUCAGAUGUUUUUAUUGACCCUGUGCAUAUGUAAAUAUGUUGACAUUCUUGUGGAUCACUUGGACCUAUUAUUUCUAGAAUUUUCUUUUUUAAUCUUGGUGGGUGUACUCCCCCUCUCCCCCCUGAUCUCCGCCUGGGAAAGGGAAUUUGGACAUUCUUGGGAAUAUUUUCUAUUGGGAAUAACAAUUUCUGCCAAACCUGUGUUUGUAUUAGUUUUGCACCUGUGUUGUCUUUGCAUAUUCGGAAUGCUAAACUCCAAACAAGCACCAAAGAUGUAGGUGUGUCAGCGCCGAUGAGCAUGCCUGCCUUGUCCAGAGAUCAAUUCCAUGGAGGAUCACCAUUUGUCGAUGACCACGUUAACGAUGUGUGGAGCUUCAGAUGUGCCUUGUACAGCUUUCUGUUUUGACUUUGUUGGCGUUUGAUUCUCUCCGCUUUUGUUACAGCUAUUUAUUUUUUGUAAAAUAGCAUCAUCUUUUUUUGUUUGUGUUUCAGUCGAUUGUGUACGCCUGCAUGGCUUCCAAUUCCACUCUUGUCUUUAUCAUGGCACCUCACCACUGACAGACUCCAUCCUCCCCAACAUACUUAUUAUCCCUCUGCUCUUCAACGUUCCCCUCCCCCAGCACAUCCUUCUUCUUGUCCUCCUACGACACACUCCUAAUGUGCUUCUUCCUCAUUCCUCUCCUCUCCCAAUCUCUUACCCCUCAGGUCAAUUUUCUUACCCCUCGUCUCCUCCAUCCCUUUUGUAACUUGAUCAUCCACCAUCCUUUCCCAAUGCAGGUGAUGGAACAUUUACAUUGGGUUGUGUUCGUUCUCAGUCCUCCUCCAUCCUCCUCCAUCCUCCUCUCUCUGACCCUUCUCCCUGUAUCACUGACUAAAGCCAGUCAGUUCACUGCCCUUUUAAUGAUGAAAUGGUAUUAGGGGUUACUGUACCCCCUACCAGAGCCAGAGUGGAGGAAAACAGGUACUGUGAAGGAUACCAUUUUAUCCAAACAAGUGAACAAUUUUUUAGGGUUACUGUAAGCAAGUUGUGCAAGUUGGUACUGAUCUUUUAUAAUUGACAUGCACAUCAUCUUAACUAUUCUCCCCCAGAUCACAUAAGUAUUAGUCGAUUAAACAACAGUUCAAUAGAGUAAACAGAAGCAGAAGAAAACACAAAAUUAUUCUGAUCAUGAAAAGGGAUUGAAUUAUAUUUUUACUGGAAGUGAACUGAAUCUUGACCAGAAGAGGGUGAUUGUAUCCUAUGGACUGUAAAUCUUUGUGUUCCUCUGCACCUAAAUAUACCAAUACAGGUGUAAUGCAGUCAAAUAUAUUACACACCUAUUUUAUUUAACCUAAAAUCCAUGAAAUAGUAUGCUUUAGUACUUACAAUGCUUCAGCACUUGCAAUGUUUUAUCCCCGUAAAGAACAUUUGAUUUGUGAAAAUUGUAACCAGAAAUAUAUGGUUUAUUACUGUGCAGAUUGAGUAAGUGUAUGUCAUUUUAUUAUCAGGUUUAUUUUGAUUGGAACCGAGCGUCACACUUACCAGUGUACAUUUAUCAGUGUGAACAGCCAUAAGUCUAGUCUAGCCUUGGUUCUUAUUGGUGUUGGCAACUUUAAACCAAAGAUGUAAUAAUUUAGUACUGUAUAUAUCUCUGGUGUUAAGAGCUUCUGAAUACUGUAGGCUCGGGGUCAACACAUAAGCAGGAAACUAAAAGCAAAAUCACCACUCAGACUGAGGCUUAAACGUGGUAAUAUUAUUUUACAGUCAUAUCCGUUCUACAAGUACUUUCAUGCAGUCUGCUCCAUAACUAGAGUCAGGAUCAUGCCAUAUUGGUAGGAGUUGUUCAUAUUGUUCAUAAACCCACACUUUAUUCCCGGAGAGGAGCCGUGAGUCUCAGGUCGUGCCAUCUUGGUGUACCUUGUAGUGCAGGGGGUCACUUCCACUACAGAAAAAAACUACUGUACCCAGAAUUCUGUCUGUUAGGGGCCGUUUUGCACUGAGCGUGAACAGAGUUUUCUGAGGCACAGGACCCAGUACAUUUGUAGCAAAAAUGUCAUUUUUUAUUAUUACUAUUUUGCACUGAUGUUGCAAUGUAAGGAUUUUAAUUGUGCAAUGCUGUUGUAAAUAAAGCUUUUUUGCUACUUUUAAA